AUGUCCUUAUGCAGUAAAGAGGAAAAGGCCAUACAGGACAUUAUACAAGCCUGUAAAGAGAAAAAGGCCAUACAGGACAUUAUACAAGCCUGUAAAGAGAAAAAGGCCAUACAGGACAUUAUACAAGCCUGUAAAGAGAAAAAGGCCAUACAGGACAUUAUACAAGCCUGUAAAGAGAAAAAGGCCAUACAGGACAUUAUAGAAACCUGUGAAGAGAAAAAGGCCAUACAGGACAUUAUACAAGCCUGUAAAGAGAAAAAGGCCAUACAGGACAUUAUACAAGCCUGUAAAGAGAAAAAGGCCAUACAGGACAUUAUACAAGCCUGUAAAGAGAAAAAGGCCAUACAGGACAUUAUACAAGCCUGUAAAGAGAAAAAGGCCAUACAGGACAUUAUACAAACAACGGAGCAAUCAAAAGACUACUAUUUUAAGGAUCUUGCUAUUUCUGUAGUUAAGAUAAACUCAAUCCCUACAGAUCAUCUACUACCAGUCACCGCUCCAAAAGUGUCUGAUAAAACUCGGACAGUACAGACAUGGAUCCCAGUGGAACCUUUCCUAAAUCUCAGUGGGGCUGAGCAGAAAUUUGGAAUAGUUACUUACAACUCUAGUCAGCAGUUUAAUCAGAGAAAUGCUUCUAUAAUGUCUGAAGUCAUACGGAUUGAAGUUGUUGGACGUGACUUUGUAAAUUUAACAAAUCCACUUAAAAUACGUUUCCCAGUGAAUAGUUACAUAAACGACACAAACAAAAGCUAUAUAUAUUCAUGUCAAUACUAUGAUGAACAAGGAAACAACACCUGGAAGACAGAUGGCUGCAACACCACUCAGAUCAAUGAUACUGUUGUGGGGUGCUCCUGUGACCACAUGACCCCUUUUGCUGUGCUUCUAGUUGAGGUGAAUGACAUUGAUGUACAGCAAUGGGAAAUCUUGUCAUACAUCAGCUACGUAGGCUGCAGUUUGUCUGCAGUCUUUUCUGCUUCCUCCAUCUUGUCGUUCAUUUUCAACAGGAAUGCAAGAGCAGAAGUGUCCAGCAGCAUUCAUGUGUCUCUAAGCGGCGCUCUGUUUCUCCUCAACCUGAGCUUCAUGUUCAGCGAGUGGGCCGCCACACUGACUGUGAAAGAAGUGUGUGUUUUUAUUGCUGUGACGAUACACUACAGCCUGCUGUGUUCUUUCACCUGGAUGGCUAUUGAAGCCUUGCACCUCUACCUUCUUCUGGCCAGAGUGUUCAACAUUUACAUCAAAUACUACAUGUUCAAGUUGUCCCUGAUCGGAUGGGGAGUCCCUGCUGUUCUUGUUGGAAGUUUGCUGUCUGUUCAACAACACACCCGUCCGUUCUAUGGCACCAAUAAUGUGACCUUAUCAAAUUCGAAUGCCACAAAUCCAGUAUGCUGGAUCACAGAGCCUCUCAUCCUGUAUGGUGUGAACCUUUCCUACUUCACCAUCAUAUUUGUGUUCAACACAGUAGUUCUAAUCACAGUGUCCAGACAGAUCUUUAAGCUAAAGAAACUGGACAACAAGCAUAAGAAAAUACCAGUGAAGGAUUUCAGCACAGUACUGGGUCUCAUGUGUCUGAUGGGUACAUCAUGGGGUUUAGUUUUUCUUGGCUCUGGAUAUACCAGCUACCCAAUACUCUACAUAUUCUGCAUUUCAAACACAAUGCAAGGCUUUUCUAUCUUUCUGUGGCUGUGUCGGACAGCGAGGCCAGAAAAACAGAAAGCAGCUCAUACCAAGUCUGCAUCCACUCUGGACACCUUCACUAUUGAAAAACAAAAGGAAUCAAGAUGACCAGUCUCAUGAUGAGCUGAACAGAUUUAUGACUACAAACCAUUGUUCUCAAUAAGGUUUUAUAAUUAUUUAUUUAAAAACAAUCUCUCUUUUUCCCCCAAGUCCAUAUGGUUCCUCUUUAUGUAAAAAAAAAAUCUCAUUCAAUCUAAUUAUUCAUAGUAAAAAGACGUGUGAUGGAUGAUUUAUCUUUUUUUCCCCUAAACUGUACAUUUAUUUAAAUUUCCGUUUCAUUGUUUCUUUAACUUUCUUUAGAACUUCAAGUUUCGUUGAGUGUUUCAUUUAAAAGUUAUAAAUUGUACAAACCCGAUUCCAGAAAUGUUGGGACACUGUACGAUUUGUGAA